AUGACGACUGGGAGUCCGAGAGUGCGGAGGACAGCAUCCGCCAUCUCCAGCCUGGAGGUGAGGGAAGCAGAGCUUCACAAGUUGGCCAAACGGCUCACAGAGCAGGGCACUCAUUCAACAGCUAGACAGAACCCCUAUGCUGCGGAGCCUGGAUCGGACCUGGACCCAAUGCUGCUCGCACGGCGCAUGCUUUACUCUGUGCUUUCCACGCUGCCUGCCGGGACUGAAUGUGCACGUCUUCCCCAGGCGCUUGCUUCGGGCGCAACCCUUGUUAUUGAGGUUCCUGCAUUUGACCUACAGUGUGUAAGGUAG